AUAUUCAGUCUCAGUGUGCGGAUCGUCUUACUACUUGUCAUUUUUAUGUCACCCGUUUUGUGAUCUUCAAAUAAUUAAUUUUUUAAUUUUUUUUUCUUUGAAUAAUUUUUAGUAACAAUUUUGUGAAAAGUGUGAACACAUAAAAAAACACAAUGUCGGUUAUAUAUAAAAAUACAAUGAACUCGAUUGGCAAGUUUGUACCUCAGAAAUUUCAACCACUGUGGAAUCAUCCAGCUGGUCCGCAGACUAUAUUCUUCUGGGCACCAGCUUUUAAAUGGGGACUUGUAAUAGCUGGCCUCGGUGAUCUGCAGAGGCCAGCAAGUCAAAUUUCCAUUAGUCAAUCAACUGCCUUAGGCAUUACUGGCUUAAUCUGGACCAGAUAUUCUUUAGCGAUCACUCCAAAAAACUGGAGUCUUUUUAGCGUAAAUCUUUUUGUCGCGCUAACAGCUUUGUAUCAAGUUAGUCGAGGAAUAAUGUAUCAAAGAGAACAAACAACGUUAAUUGCAACAGCAUCUACGAAAGAAAAAUAGCGUCUAUUUUUAAAUAAUAUACAUUCCCAGAUAUUCAAAUAUUUAAAUGUAUAUAUUGAAAAUAUUGACAUUUUAAUAAUUUGAUGAUACUUGUGGAAUGUGUUUAAUGUUAUGAAACAAACAAAAAAAAACAAACACGAAAUUAGAAAAAUAACGAAUUUAUUAUCAGGAUUGAACAUGAUUAAAGACUAUAGUUCAAGAUGCACUUUAUAUAUAUAUAAUAGGAAUGCAUUCAACAUAAGAAAAAAUAAUAA